CUCUUUUAAUUGAAAUUUCUAUCAAUAAAUUUCAGAAAUGGAAUUGGAAUUGAAUCGAAUAGAUUAUUGUUCAAUUGGAGCAACGCUGCCAAAUUGUAUGAAAUUGGUGCCAGCACCGCGAUACAAGGAGCAACAACGUAUUGUUGUUGGCGAUCAAGAUGGUAUAGUGCAACUAUUUUCAAUGAAAAAAGAGGAACUGAUAAUUCACUUUAAAACUCUACCCUCCGAAAGAAUUCAGUCUGUCCAAUUGAGUGGAACACCCGGGUCAUUGCCUGAUAAAAUUUUCGUUGCAUCGGAUAAUAAAGUGAAAGCAUUUAAUAAAAAAGGGAAAAUCUUUUUAACGUUUACAUCGAAUUUAACGGAACCGAUAAAAACGAUGUUUGUAUCGGGUAACGAUAUGAUCUUAUGUGGAAAUCAUGUUUAUAAUCAUUAUCGAGAUUGUAAGGAUAUCGGUUCGUAUUUGUGCGGCGAUACAAUUGUUGAUGUGGUUGCACUGUGUCCGAACAAUACUAGCCGUAUAAUCACUGUGCUCGCAUGCUCUGGCCGUGUACUUCGCGUACUUGAACAUUGUCGUGUUCGUCAAUCAAUCGAAUUGGAGAGUGUGCCGACCGUAUUGCACGUACCAAAGGGAUACAACGAUCGUUUGAUUUGUGGCAUGACCGAUGGACGUGUCGUUCUAUUCAGAGUCGGUAAUUUUGUGAGUAAUUUUACCGAAGAAACGCUGGUUGAACCAAACGAUAAUUCAAGCGCUGUGACCACAAUUGAUGCAUUCGAUUUAACUGGAGAUGGAAAAAUUGAAUUGAUUGUUGGAAGACGUGAUGGUUCGAUUCAAGUGUACAGUUUACCAAGCGAAGAGAAUGCAUUUGAUUUAAGUGUACGACAGAUUUAUAAUGAGAAUUUCAACGAAAGUAUUUCAAGUGUUCAAGGCGGUACAAUCGAUUCCGGUGGUUACGUUGAAAUUGUUGUGUGCACGUAUACUGGUCGUAUUUUUGGUUUGAGCACAAGAUGCCCGAAGAAAAGUCUAAGCGAUUCAAUUAUGAACCAAGGUUUUGCGGGAGACUCCAAUGCGCGCAUCGAAAAACUUAAAGAGGAAAUUCGAGAACUUGAAUCGAAAGUACAACGAGAACGUGAACGAUACAAAUUAUCAACGCAAACAUUGUCUGGUGGAUUUUCUGCAAUACCAAUGAUGCCCAUUAAUUCAGCGUUAAAUUUAUCCAAAGACGAUGCGUCUUAUUCAUUGACAAUCGAAAUACCCGCACCCAUUGAAUUUGUUUUGCUGCAAAGUAAUGCACCAGUUCAAUUGAUUGACGUGGAAAAAAGUUCGGCGGUCGUUAGUUUUAGCCAAUGUGAUCCAAGUGCUGGAAAUCAUUUAUUGGCAACAUAUCGCUGUCAAGUAGAUGUGAAUCGUUUGGAUUUGAAAUUUCGUACCAUCGAGGGAUCAUAUGGAACACUGCAAGCAUUUAUUACACCAAAUAUUCAACCAAAAGUAUCACAGCUGCAAGAGCAUCCAAUCAAACCGCUAUCAUUGCACAUGCGAAUUCAUUCAUUUGAUAAAGCCCGUCCCCAUAAUAAGUUAACGUUGAAAGGUUAUUUUAGUCAUGCCGAAGCUCACAAUUGGAUCAGCAAUUGUAUACCCGAAGUGCCGGAAAAAUUACAAAUUGUCAGCGAUGAACGGAGUGUGUUGAAUUUUCGAAAUGUUUUUGUCGGCAGCGAAUUGCAAUGUGAAUAUACAAAAGGGGAAGCAACAUUUAAAACGGAAAACGUUUCAACAAUUUCGAUUAUAAAGGAUGUUCUCACAAAAGAAGCAACCAAACGACGCACUAAAUUGGAAAUACUUCUUGAUGUAAAUCGUUCGAGUGUGUCGUUUAUGAUUGGGUUAAUCGAAGAGAAACUCGUUGAACAUAAUAAAAUUCACAAGGAACAUCAAAUAAUCAGUAGCCUCAUUGACUUGGAUAUUCAAGACAGCAAUGAACUCAAAUCGUUGGGCAAUGACUUUGCCGAUAUUUUGGAACGAAAAAAUAAAAUUAUCGAUGCGUACAAUCGAUCAUCACAUAUAUUGGAUCGCAUAAAAGAUUUCAUUGCCGGCAUUUAUGUUGAUUAUCACAAACUAAGAGGCGCUGACGUGCAAUAUAAAGUGAAAAAUCUCGAUGAAUAUGUCAAAAAUUACAAUAAUGAAACUUUGGUUAAUUACAUAUUAGGCAUUUAUAAAGCCGAAGAUAAUCUUCACAUGUAAUUGAGUUAUUGAACGAUAAGACAACCAUUUCGUUUUGCAAAAAAAUAUUGUGUUUUGGAAAAAAAAUAUAUCGAAUCUAACAUCGUAUGGUGUUUGGGCUCAACUCUGCAAGCAAUAAACGCUUUUAUACAAACAAAGUAUGAUGGGAUUGACGAAAAGGGUGAUUUUUUUUGUAUUUGUCAACAAAUUUACUGUUUUAUUAGAUUUUCGAGAUGUUGGUAGAAGAAAAAAAAAUAUUUUUUUUGUUACAAUUUUAAAAUAAAUAAACUUAA